UGCCUGGUGAAGAAUGUGAUGGGAUCAUUAGCAUGUCUGCGGAGAGUGGCCCUGGGACGAGAUUGAGAAAUCUGCCAGUAAUGGGGGAUGGACUAGAAACCUCCCAAAUGUCCACAACGCAGGCCCAGGCCCAACCCCAGCCAGCCAAUGCAGCCAGCACCAACCCCCCACCUCCAGAGACCUCCAACCCCAACAAGCCCAAGAGGCAGACCAAUCAGCUGCAAUAUUUGCUCAGAGUGGUGCUCAAGACACUAUGGAAACACCAGUUUGCGUGGCCUUUCCAGCAGCCUGUGGACGCUGUCAAGCUAAACCUCCCUGAUUACUAUAAGAUCAUUAAAACACCUAUGGAUAUGGGAACAAUAAAGAAGCGCUUGGAAAACAACUAUUACUGGAAUGCUCAGGAAUGUAUCCAGGACUUCAACACUAUGUUUACAAAUUGUUACAUCUACAACAAGCCUGGAGAUGACAUCGUCUUAAUGGCAGAAGCAUUGGAGAAGCUCUUCUUACAGAAAAUCAACGAACUUCCCACAGAAGAAACUGAGAUCAUGAUAGUCCAGGCAAAAGGAAGAGGACGAGGGAGAAAAGAAGCAGGGACAGCAAAGCCUGGUGUCUCCGCGGUACCAAACACAACUCAAGCAUCAACUCCUCCACAGACCCAGACUACUCAGCAGAAUCCUCCACCUGUGCAGGCCACGCCUCACCCCUUCCCUGCUGUCACCCCAGACCUCAUCGUCCAGACCCCUGUCAUGACAGUGGUGCCUCCCCAGCCACUGCAGACUCCCCCACCGGUGCCCCCUCAGCCACCACCCCCACCUGCUCCCACCCCUCAGCCUGUGCAGAGCCACCCGCCCAUCAUUGCGGCCACCCCACAGCCUGUGAAGACAAAGAAGGGGGUGAAGAGGAAAGCAGACACCACCACCCCCACCACCAUCGAUUCCAUUCAUGAGCCGCCCUCACUGGCCCCAGAGCCCAAGACUGCCAAGCUGGGCCCCCCCCGGCGGGAAAGCACCCGGCCUGUAAAGCCCCCAAAGAAGGAUGUACCUGACUCGCAGCAGCACCCAGUGCCAGAAAAGAGCAGCAAGGUCUCAGAACAGCUCAAGUGCUGCAGUGGCAUUCUUAAGGAGAUGUUCGCCAAGAAGCACGCCGCCUAUGCUUGGCCUUUCUAUAAACCCGUGGAUGUGGAGGCAUUAGGCUUACACGACUACUGUGACAUCAUCAAGCACCCUAUGGACAUGAGCACAAUCAAGUCUAAACUAGAGUCCCGUGAGUACCGAGAUGCUCAGGAAUUUGGUGCCGAUGUCCGAUUGAUGUUCUCCAACUGCUAUAAGUAUAAUCCUCCUGACCAUGAAGUAGUAGCCAUGGCCCGGAAACUCCAGGAUGUAUUUGAGAUGCGCUUCGCCAAGAUGCCAGAUGAGCCUGAAGAGCCCGUGGUGGCUGUUUCCUCCCCAGUGGUGCCCCCCCCUACGAAGGUGGUGCCCCCAGCCUCAUCCAGUGACAGCAGUAGUGACAGUUCUUCAGACAGUGACAGCUCCACUGAUGACUCUGAGGAAGAGCGAGCCCAGCGGCUAGCAGAACUCCAGGAGCAGCUCAAAGCCGUGCACGAGCAGCUUGCAGCCCUCUCGCAGCCCCAGCAGAACAAACCAAAGAAAAAGGAAAAAGACAAGAAGGAAAAGAAAAAGGAAAAGCACAAAAAGAAAGAGGAAGUGGAGGAGAAUAAGAAAAGUAAAGCCAAGGAACUUCCUCCCAAAAAGACAAAGAAAAACAACAGCAACAGUAACGUGAGCAAGAAGGAGCCAGCACCAAUGAAGAGCAAACCUCCUCCCACGUAUGAGUCAGAAGAAGAGGACAAAUGCAAGCCCAUGUCAUAUGAGGAGAAGCGGCAGCUCAGCUUGGACAUCAACAAGCUCCCUGGUGAGAAGCUGGGACGAGUGGUGCACAUCAUCCAGUCGCGGGAGCCCUCACUCAAGAACUCCAACCCAGAUGAGAUAGAGAUUGACUUUGAGACCCUGAAGCCAUCCACGUUGCGUGAGUUGGAGCGCUACGUCACCUCCUGUUUGCGGAAGAAAAGAAAACCUCAAGCCGAGAAAGUUGAUGUGAUCGCUGGCUCCUCCAAGAUGAAAGGUUUCUCAUCCUCGGAGUCAGAGAGCACCAGCGAGUCCAGCUCCUCUGACAGUGAAGACUCUGAAACAGAGAUGGCUCCAAAGUCAAAAAAGAAGGGACAUCCUGGGAGGGAUCAGAAGAAGCACCAUCACCACCACCAUCAGCAGAUGCAGCCAGCCCCAGCUCCUGUGCCCCAACAGCCACCCCCGCCUCCCCAGCAGCCUCCAGCACCCCCACCUCAGCAGCAGCAACAGCAGCAGCAACAGCAGCAACAACAGCAGCAGCCCCCACCCCCACCGCCCCCACCCUCCAUGCCGCAACAAGCAGCCCCAGCGCUGAAGUCCUCGCCUCCGCCCUUCAUCACUGCCCAGGUGCCAGUCCUAGAGCCUCAGCUCCCAGGCAGCGUCUUUGAUCCCAUCGGCCACUUCACCCAGCCCAUACUGCACCUGCAGCAGCCUGAGCUGCCCCCUCACUUGCCCCAGCCACCUGAGCACAGCACUCCGCCCCAUCUCAACCAGCACACCGUGGUCUCUCCUCCAGCUUUGCACAAUGCGCUGCCCCAGCAGCCAUCUCGGCCCAGCAACCGAGCCGCUGCCUUGCCCCCCAAACCUGCCCGGCCCCCUGCUGUAUCCCCCGCCCUGGCCCAGCCACCCCUGCUCCCUCAGCCCCCCAUGGCUCAACCCCCCCAGGUGUUGCUGGAGGAUGAAGAGCCACCUGCCCCACCCCUCACCUCCAUGCAGAUGCAGCUGUAUCUGCAGCAGCUGCAGAAGGUGCAGCCCCCCACACCACUACUCCCUUCCGUGAAGGUGCAGUCCCAGCCUCCACCCCCCUUGCCACCUCCACCCCACCCCUCUGUGCAGCAGCAACUACAGCAGCAGCCACCCCCCCCCCCCCCCCCCCCGCCCCAGCCGCCACCGCAGCAGCAGCACCAGCCCCCACCACGGCCCGUGCACUUGCAACCCAUGCAGUUCUCCACACACAUCCAGCAGCCCCCACCACCACCAGGCCAGCAGCCCCCACAUCCGCCCCCAGGCCAGCAGCCGCCCCCACCUCAGCCCGCCAAGCCUCAGCAGGUCAUCCAGCAUCACCCUUCACCCCGGCACCACAAGUCAGAUCCUUAUUCGGCAGGUCACCUCCGUGAGGCCCCCUCCCCGCUUAUGAUACAUUCCCCCCAGAUGCCACAGUUCCAGAGCCUGACGCACCAGUCUCCACCCCAGCAAAAUGUCCAGCCCAAAAAGCAGGAGCUACGCCCACCCUCAGUGGUCCAGCCCCAGCCCCUGGUGGUGGUGAAAGAGGAGAAGAUCCACUCACCCAUCAUCCGCAGUGAGCCCUUCAGCCCCUCCCUGCGGCCGGAGCCCCCCAAGCAUGCUGAGAGCAUCAAGGCCCCAGUCCAUCUACCCCAGCGGCCUGAGAUGAAGCCUGUGGAUGUUGGGAGGCCUGUUAUUCGGCCCCCUGAGCAGAAUGCACCCCCUCCAGGGGCUCCUGAUAAGGACAAACAGAAGCAGGAGCCGAAGACACCGGUGGCACCCAAAAAGGACCUAAAAAUUAAGAACAUGGGCUCUUGGGCCAGCCUGGUACAGAAGCAUCCGACCACCCCAUCCUCCACAGCCAAGUCAUCCAGUGACAGCUUUGAGCAGUUCCGCCGUGCAGCUCGUGAGAAGGAGGAGCGUGAGAAGGCCCUGAAGGCUCAGGCUGAGCACGCGGAGAAGGAAAAGGAGCGGUUGCGGCAAGAACGCAUGAGGAGCCGAGAAGAUGAGGAUGCACUAGAGCAGGCACGGCGGGCCCAUGAAGAGGCACGCCGGCGCCAGGAGCAGCAGCAACAGCAACAGCAGCGACAAGAGCAGCAGCAGCAGCAGCAGCAGCAGCAGCAGGCGGUGGCCGCUGUGGCCGCAGCUGCCGCCCCCCAGGCCCAGAGCUCCCAGCCCCAGUCCAUGCUGGACCAACAGAGGGAGUUGGCCCGAAAGCGGGAACAGGAGCGAAGGCGCCGGGAGGCGAUGGCAGCUACGAUUGACAUGAAUUUCCAGAGUGAUUUGUUGUCAAUAUUUGAAGAAAAUCUUUUCUGAGAGCACCUAGGUGACUUGUGACUGAUUUUCUGGCAAAACAUUGACUCUUCAUAGUGUUAGGGUUGGCAGUGGAGGCGGUAGCAGUGGCCAGAGGUGUCUCUGGGCCUGGCCCUCCUGCAUGCUAUGCCCGGGGCAGGCCUGACGGGCAGCUGAGGAUUGCAGAGCCCAUCUGCCUUACAGCCAGCUGGAGGACGUCCUGUCACCCGUCGCCUCCUUACAGGACGUCGGCUCAGAGCACGCCUCGAUUCCAGCAAGUGCCGGCUGGACCCAAGGCCUGCGUCCCCACAUGGGAGACAGAGGCCCUUUUCUCCGCCAAAUGUCUACACAGUAUACACAGGACAUUGUUGCUGCCGCCACCGUGGACUGGUUUUCUGUCCCUGAGAACGUGACGUUUGUGACGUCCUGCCCAUUGGGAGUUUCCACACCCCAGCCUCACUUUCCGCUCUCAGGAGGCCAGGGCAGGCCCAUGUGGGCCGGAGCGGGCGAGGGCACCGGCAUACCCCCUUGCUGGCACUGACUUUGCCUUGAACAGACCCCCCUUCUCUCCCCCCCCCCACAAGCCUUUAAUCGAGAGCCGCUCUCUAUAAGUGUUCGCUUGUGCAAAAGGGAAUAGUGCCGUGGAGGUGUGUGUGUGUCCAUGGCAACUCGAAUCGAGGUGACCGUCCCGCGUGUGUGGGCGGGCCUUGCCUGGGGUGAGGCCACCAACCAAAGUCAGUCC